AUGGAUUUCCAUGAAUCAUUGUUAGAUGAUCCUGAUCUAGAGCCUGAUGAGUAUGCUCGUGUAUUUGGGCUAUCAGCUGACUCCCGAGUCCAUGUUCCUGAUUUAUUAGACCAUUUCAAAAGAACAAGCAAUAAGCUACUAGCCGAUGAAUGGGUAGAUGAUACCUCCCUUACCCCUCUGCAUAUACCACGCCUUAUUCCUCAAGUCGAGCAGCUUGGCGGUGUAUCCAAAGAGUCACUUGAAAUUUUGAGACAGGCUGCUUUGCUAGGACGCGAGGAUAAAAAGUCCCCUGACUGCCCUACUCAGGUCAAUCUUUCGGAUUUGAAGUUAGAACUACCUCUGCUUGGAAGCGACCCUGAAUAUGACUGUCGAGAGCUCACCAGAUCUAUGCGGCAGCUACGACGAGCGGAUAUAGACCUAGCAAGUGUACCGAAGGAGCCUCUUCGCCGGUCAAAUGACGAAACCUUGGAUUUUCCGGAAUCAUCUUAUCAAUAUUUGCAGGCAUUGACGAAGGAAAUUCGGGAUGAAAAGAUAAAUAUCCCGAAAGAGGCACUGAUCUAUCUUUCACAAAUCCUGAAAGAUACGUGGACCAAAGAAAAGACCGAGGAAUUAUUAGACAACAUGUCCCAUCGGAGGGUUCUUCGAGACUUAGCUCUUACACCUCCUCUCAGUCCACAGCCACAGGAUUUGGGCUAUUUUGUCCCCGAUGACGCAGCGUGCCAGGUCCCGGUGUCUUCAGAUACUGACACUCUACUUGGUGAUGAUUUGACCAAGGCUGAAGCGGAUCUAUUACGAGAGGAUGACUAUCAUAUGGAUGUCAUGUCGCUGGUGGAUCUUGAGCCCCUAACCAAUCCCCCAUCGGACGAUAUCAGAGUGCCAAAUAUGACACCAUUGAAAAUCGAAUCGAUCAAAGUUGAAGGCCCUUUGACCCCUUUGGACUCUUUACCUCCAUCCUCCGACCUAGUUAUAGAUGUAGCAGACUUCGCCAAGAGUAUCGACAUCGAUCACGUCCUCGACGAGAAGUCCCCAAUUGCACUAAAUGUCGACAACGGAGACGAUCUGAAAAAGGCGUUUGGCGAUGAUGUGAUGACUAUUCUUGGAGAAAAAGCUAAGUCAGUCCAGAGAAACAUUGAUCAGGAGAAAUUACAGACCGCAGAUGCGAUUGCUCGAAUAGAGAUUCCCAUAAUAGAUUUCUCAAUACCCGAUCCUGAUUGGAGAGAAACACCACUGGAUCCCGCACUGCAACUGGGGUUCAUACGAAGGACAUGCGAAGCAUUUAAUGUGCCACUUUGGCCAAAGGAUUCUCAAGCGGAACGAACUUUACGCUGGUCUCCUUUUCUUUCCAAGGUAGCCCGCGUAUCAAUGAAUGAGAUCAUUGCAGACGAUGGUACGGCAGAAGCUUUACUCAAUUGCUUGAGUGAUCUUAAAGUCCCAACGAGUGGGGAUUAUGUUUGGAAACAGCCAGGACUUGCUAUCCUUCGAGAACAGGAUGACGAAGAAGAAGAAGAGCAAGACUUGCCACAUAUAUCCAGCGAGAAAGAAACUAUCGAAUCGCUGGUGAGAAAGAGAAGGUUAGAACUCAACAACUCAACAGACUCAUCUUCGCCAGUUGAAUUGGUUCAGGCUCCUCAAGCCAUAGAAGCAGCAUCGCAUCGGACUCCGCUUGGCGAACAGAGCCAGCUCUCCCAUCUUCUCCUCGGUUGCGAUGACCCUUGCGCUACUUCAACUCUGCUUUCUAAUUAUGUCAACUUCCAUACCGCAAAACGGCAGAAGAACCUAAAAAGUUCAUUCUUUUCCACUUUCUCUCAAAAGGUUGAUGAAAUCAAGGCAGAUGCAGUCUUAGGGGUUUCGGAGAUAAGUCAACCUGAAGAAACGAUAGUAUCAAAAGCUGAGCCAGAGGCAAAGGUGGCAAUCCCAUCCCCCUGUCCUCCAUCGCAAUCGGAGUUUGCGCGCAUGGUUAUAAUCAAGGCGUUAACACUUGAGCGAGGAGUGCUUUCUCGCCUGGAGAAAUCGUAUCAAAAUAUCGAGAUAAUUGAGCGUGAUUUUGACCGUUGGAACUCUCUAACAUGGAAUCGUAAUUCAGUGUCUCGGUCGCCGAUUAAAUCGCCACUAGCUGCUGAAGCGGACAUAAUCGUUUCUCCUGCUACCGGGGUUAUGAUCACUACGCUACUAAGAGCUAUACAAAAGCCGCCACCGGGUCAGAAGGGCCGUUCGACUAUUCGGGAACGUAUUCGCAGUGUCGCGCUUCGGUACGAACGUCUAAUUAUUCUUGUAUCAGAGUGGAAUCGCGUUGACGAGACAGCUCGGAAUCUUACACUUGCAGAGUGUGCUGGCUAUGCUGAUUUUGUUGGUUUCACUACCGGGUUAGAUACGGAUGUGCUGGUCUACUACGUGGGAGGUGGUGACGAUACACUUGUGAAAUGGCUAGUUUCCUUUCUGGUCCGCCACAUACCAGACACAGCUGCCCCGAAAGAUAUUCUUAUCCAAGAGGAGACGCUCUGGGAGCUGUUCUUACGGCGAGCUGGUCUGAACGCGUAUGCUGCGCAGGCUAUCCUCGGACAACUUAAAGCUCCUGACGAUACUCCCGAGGAGCAGACCAAUGAAUAUGGGCUUUCGGCGUUUAUUAAGAUGGCGCCAAUGGAGAGAGUCCGGGCUUUUCGAAGUUUGAUGGGUGGGGAAAGGGUGUUGAAUAGAGUUAACGAAGCUCUAGAGACUCAGUGGGGCUGAUUGAAAACUGGCUUUGUGUAUUGAGAAAUAUUCGAGCUGAUAUGAUGGUUAAAAAAUGCGGGGGAAUCUAGCUGACGAUUAGAAGGCAUUGGCUACCUCUGUGCUUGAACAUGGCUUGUUUCCUGCUUUAAAAGGUAGCUUGGUAGAGUAGGGCUAUGCCAACUUAGUUUUAAACAUGCCUUGGGGGUUCAUAGGCGUACACGACCAAUACGAGCAUAUGAAAUGACAAUAAGAAAAUGAAAUAGACAUACAUAUUUCGUUUAUGGGUAUCAA